AUGUUGACACAAGAAAGCAAUCUGGCUGGCAAAGAAGGAAUUAUACGAUGCAUAUUUCUUUCGGAGUUUCAUGCGACCGCUGGAAGUAAAAUAACAUGUCAGUCACCGCAAAAUUUCAUCUCAAAGCAUGCAUUCGAUUUGAUAAACGCUUAUAUUCUGCCUAAAAGAGAACUUGAGCGGCAAGUAUUAACAGUCAAUACAUUAGGCAUUAAGAUUGUUGGAUAUCCAGUGAAAAUUGAUCAUGAGAAAUAUGCACGAAAUGCAUUCUACUUUAACAUUUGCUUUGUCUGUGAUCAUUAUUGUCGGAGUGUUCAGUACGAGCCGAUUGUUAAGAAACUUUGUGAAUUUUUAAUUAUGAUGGAAAUGCAAUAUAGCUUCCUAUCCAAUGACGAGUAUCGUCCACGCAUACAAAAGAUGCUAAAUAAAAUUAUAAGUGAUCUCAAUGAGUCAAAAGUAUGCACAAUAACAGAAGAGGAAACGUCAAUUCACUUAAAGAUUCUCAAAAUCACUGACGAUCCGCCAGAAGUCUUUGAUCAUCAAGUGCCAGUUUUAAAACGAGAAUUUGAGAAUAUGUCACUUAGUGAAUGUGAUUUGACAACUCAACAAGUCUUGCCAUUCAUUAAUGGCUUACAUCAUGUUGGAAAAAUUUCAAUGCUCGCCGAUGUCGAAAAUGCUCUGGUCAAGUCAUGCAUACAGAACCUCGUUUAUUAUAAUUUCGUUGAGCUUUUGCCACUUUUUAAAUAUUCAAAUGUAUAUAUGUGCACUAGAAAUCUCCAAAAGUUGGCAAGGAAUCAAGAUUUUGCUCAGGAGUGUUUAAGCUAUGUCGCUUUAAAAAACGAUCAACCUAUUCCUACUAUUUAUAAUGUUUUUCAGAUUUAUUCACAAAUGACCCACGGUGUCAAUUUAAAGACUUUAUGCAUACGAUUAUCGCCCCGACAAAACAACAUAAAUGAACGAAAACUAGUCGAUUAUGGCUUAAAGCAUAGCUUAAUUAGAUGCAUCAAUAAAUAUCCAAUAUUUACUGGUUCCAUUCCAAAUGCUCGACAGAAAAUGUACAACGGAAUGAAUCAUUUUGAUGAGAUUUGCUGUGCUACAGGAUUGUCUACGAUCAAGUUGGAAGAACUGAUCGAUGCCGACACUAAUGUUACGAUACUAAUGAAAUGA